AUGCGGAGCCUUGGUACAGCAAAGCACGGCACGCACGAGUCGAGGGUUGCAGGGUGUUUGGCGCAGCCCGUGGCGCAGUGUCUGGCGCGGCGUCUGGCACGCGCGCGUCUGAAGACUGAUCCGCGCGAGCGGAGCCCUCAUUCCGCCCUGGGCUGUCCCCAGGGUGGUCGCGAACGGACGCUCCGUAGCAAACCUGGCCCAAGGCCCCUUUGGGACUUGGCCGGGCUUGCGGCAGCUGGGCUCUCGGAGGCCGCCGCGCGAGGGGUGGCCCACCGCCCCCGCGCGCGGCGGCCCGCCAUGGCGUCUGGGAAGGCCGAGGCGCUGGAGAAGCAGCACGACUGGAUGGCGGCCGCCGAGUCCGGGAACGCCCAGAGGAUGAAGCUCUUCACGCAGAGCGAGGGCGAGUGGGUGCCGACGGAUUCGAUACCCCAGGCCGUGGCGUGCAAGGCCGCGGUCAGGAACCAGGAGGAGACGCUGAAGGUGCUCCUCGACUGGGGAGUGCCCCUGAGCGCCAAGGACAUGGCGCCCAGCAGGCAGCUGCUGCUGCACGGCGCGGCGGGCGCUGGUGCCGUCGACUGCGUGAGGUUGCUGAUCAAGCGGAGGGUGGACGUCAACGCCACGGACGGGCUCGUGAAGACUGCCAUGCACUUGGCGCUCAAGGGGAGCCAGUUGGGGGUCAUGAAGGAGUUGUUGCGAGCGGGCGCCACCGUCCCUCUGGGGCAGAAGGAGUUGCCUCUGGGGGCCCUCAAUGUCAUUAAAGAAGUCCAGCUGGAGACGCAGAUGCAAGAGAUCAAGGGCUUCCCGACAAGCGAAAAAGGGCUCUCUGACAAGCUGGCCGAGGCGGAUAAGCAAGUUUGGAAGAGCAUGCGGGCACACAUGCAGCUGCUGGAGAGGCAGGAGGAGAUCAAGGUGGCGAAGGUUGUCCAGGACUUCGACGAGAAGAUGCGCGUCGCACAGGCGCGCGCCUUGGAGGCCUCCAAGACGGAGGAGUCCGUGAGAAGAGAGCUGCAAGAGCUCAAGGUCCAGGUGCAGACAGAGCAGAUGAAGCAGAAUCAGGUGGUUGCGGAGAUCCAGACUCUGCAGGAAGAGGAGAGCAGUAAGAAGUCCGCAGAGGAGGACAUUGCGAAGGAUGUCGCCGACAAGCAGGCCGAGCUGGAACAGCUUCUGUCAGGCCUGCGGGCUGAGCAGGAAGCGCUCGCGAAGGCGGAGGCCGAGCGCGAUGCCCACGUUGAGGAGUGCGACAGGCUGAAUCUGGACAUCGAGGCGGGGCAGCUGGAACACAAGGAGCUGGUGACCGAGCUCGCGGACGCCAGAAAGGAGCUGGAGGGGCUGCGCAAGGACAGGAAGCGCAUCGCCGAGCUGCAGGCCGAGGCCGCAAACCUGCACGAGAAUGUCAAGGACGACGCCUCGAACGCCGGCUGA